GCCAGCAAUGCAAAGAGAUCCUUAGGAAACCUUUCCAAGCACAGUGUGGACAUCGCUUCUGUGUGUUCUGUUUCAAACAACUCACCAGGGUCUGAUGUCAUGGACAUACCUCCUCCUCCUGAAGUUGCGAAGAAGAUUCCAUCUACCACGUCCGAAACAUCCUAAACUCCCGUCGACGAGGCCGCCUCCUGGAGUAUCUCGUGGACUGGGAGGGAUACGGACCUGAAGAACGCACAUGGGUCGCAAGGGAGGACAUUCUUGAUCCAUCCCUCCUCACCCAGUUCCACGAGGCUCAUCCCAACCGCCCAGCUCCUAGGGGUCGAGGCCGACCCGUCGACGAGUCAUUAGGGCGUCAGGAACCGCCCAUGGAGGAGGGGCUCAGGGCCCAUACCCUGCGAAGCCUGUCGUAUUGAGGGUAUAUUUGAAGAGGCGAUGUCUAUGCUCAAUAUUACAGUGGCAUUUCCUGACAAUGCAGCACGAAGAGAAAUUGAUAGCUUGCCUGCUAAAUGCCCAAAUGACGGUUGUUGUUGGUCUGGCACACUGAAAGACUAUGAGGGUCAACAUGAAGGUCGUUGUGAAUUUGAACGUGUAAAAUGUGAAGCAUGCCAAGCAGUCAUCUUGCUUAGCGAGAAAGACCGCCACAAUGAUCGUGAAUGCGAGGCCAGAACCCUAAACUGCAAAUACUGCAAGGUUACAUUCAACUUUAAGGAAAUUAAGGCCCAUGAUGAAAUAUGUCAGAAAUUCCCUAUGCAAUGCAAAGACUGUGGUAAAAAGAAAAUCCCCAGAGAGAAGUUUCAAGAGCACACCAAAUCUUGUGCAAAGUCAAAGUCGGCGUGCCAGUUCAGUGAGAUUGGCUGCAGGGCUGUGGUUGACAACGGUAAGCAGCAGGAGCAUGAGCAGACCAGUGUGAUGGAGCAUUUGCGUCUCAUGCUGGGUGUGCUGUCAUCUGUGCGCCUGCGAGCCGAGGGGGCUGUGGAGUGGCAGGAAGAUUCUGGGCUGGGAUUGUAUCGCGGACCUGAAGAUGCACCUCUGGCGGGGGCUGAUGCUGCCGCCCAUAAUGCAGGAAGAGGAGGCGGUCCUGGUGUGCAGCAGAAAGUCACAGCUUUGGAGAACAUAGUUUGUGUGUUGAACCGAGAGGUUGAACGCUCGGCCCUCACCCUGGAGGCGCUGUCCCGGCAACAUCGGCUAGACCAGGAAAAGAUUGAGAACUUGUCAAACAAGGUGCGACAGCUGGAACGGACUUUAACCAUGCGAGAUCUGCAGUUAGCAGAAUCCGAUCAGUCUUUGCGGGAGUUGCAGUUCUGCACAUACGACGGAGUGUUCAUUUGGAAAAUAGCAGACUUUUCUCGUCGCAGACAGGACGCAGUGGGAGGACGAGCACCUGCCAUGUUCUCACCUGCACCUUUCUUCUGUUCUUCAGCAUUCUACUCCAGUAAAUAUGGGUAUAAGAUGUGUCUGAGACUGUACCUGAACGGUGACGGCACAGGUCGGGGCACUCACCUCUCCCUGUUCUUUGUGGUCAUGAGGGGCAAAUACGACGCACUGCUGAAGUGGCCCUUCAGCCAGAAGGUGACAUUAAUGCUCUUGGAUCAGAACAACCGAGAGCACAUCAUCGAUGCCUUUAGGCCUGACGUGAGCUCCACAUCCUUCCAGAGACCCAUCAGUGAGAUGAACAUUGCCAGCGGUUGUCCUCUCUUCUGCCCCCUCGCCAAGCUGGCAGGCAAAAGCUCGUAUCUGAGAGAUGACACCAUUUUUAUUAAAGCCAUAGUCGACCUCACUGGCUUAUAACUCAUUAUAUAUUAUAACAAUGGAUGGUAUUAUUUUUAUUAUUAUUAUAUCAGCUGCGGAAGCCAUUUAAACUAUACAAUAUAAAUGAUUAUAUUAUAAUACCAUAUAGUUGGUUCAAGAAAUAUUUUUCAUUGAUGAUAUUAUUAUUAUGUCUAUGGAGUGGCAAUGAUCAAACUUACUUGCAUAGCAAUAACUCCACUAUUUUGAUAUAACUGAAUAUUUAAUAUGUACUAUAUAUUUAUUAUCAUAAUACAUAUUUAUAUCAUAUAAAUUAAACUAUACCUGUUUUGUAUGUAAUAACAUAAUAUUACUUAUGAGAGACUUGAAGGGUGCAGGAUUUUUCAUGCCGUUAAAAUCUGAUCUUGUUUGGAUGCUAACUGCAUUUGUGAGGACAUUUUUAGAGGCAUGGUCACUUUUUCUGGAAGUAUAGUUUAUAAAUAGAUACGUAUUUGUCAUCGGUAUGCUUUUUUUUUUUUUUUACAAACGUGACUAACUUAAUAAUAGAGAAACUUUAAUAUCCAUAAACUGAUUGAGCGCUGUGAGAGUCAGCUCAUAGAAAUGAAUCAUUGUGCUGUUUGUUCUUAUGAAAUGUAAAUAUUGUAGCCUCAUGCACAUACAAAAGCUCAUCUAUGUUAUUAAGAGAGGGAAAAGGAAUUUAUUAGAUGUCCAAACAUCUUGACUAACCACUGCUUAAAUUCAAUGUAGUUAGCCUACUUGUAAACAUCAUCUAAUCGUUGGACUGGAUCUUUUUGUUUGGGCUUGAGAAUGAAAUGGCUACACAGAUUCUCCAGCUGUAGACAUUUUAUUAUAUUCAAGCCCUUAUAAAAUGGAUCAGACAUACUAAUACCUUUUCCUCUGUAACAUCACUAUACUUUAGAUUAGCAUGGUAUAUUUUCUGAGUUAACCUAGAUGCAGUAUAAAUCCUGUUCAGUUAAAUAACAGUCCAUGUUACUUGGAUAAUUAGAAAAAAAUGUCACUAUUUCUUCUUUACAACAAAAGCAAACAUUUCUCUUUCAUUUCUCUAUCAUAAAUGAAUUAAAAAAUCAGUUAAAAUCAUUUUAUUUAAUUCUAUGUAUUAAUUUGUACCAUUUAUCUAUCAUUUAUAUUAGUUUGUAUUUUAUUAUUUAGUAAUUCACUGAAGCUAUGCAAUUCACUUUUAGAUAGUGAUAUACCCUUUGUUUUGUUAUUGUGAUAAAAAUGUUUCCUUUCAUUUAAGCAUAGUGUCCUGAUCCUGCAGUUUUUUGUGAAGUUGAGUUCUUACUAUAUAAUACAUUUGUUUUAAAUAUACAAUUGUUGUGUGCCGAGUAACAAUAAACAUGUAUUAAAAA